AUGACCUACUUCAUUUCAUUGCGAGGCAUUAACGGAGGCAGCCUCCAAGUCAUAGGAUGGGCAUACGCCCCUCUCGUGUCCCAUGUGGCAGGGCUCCCUCAGCAGAGCUACGAUGGUCAGUACAUGAAGACGCAGUACAAUGCGUUUGAGCUGAGUGUCCGAAGACAGAUCUUGGCGUUGACCACCGCCACAAACCUCGGCGACGUCCUCUACGAUCUGACGGCUGCAGUGUAA